GCUACGGGAGCCUGGAGGUGUGGUUUCUCGCGGUGUGUUUUAGCGGAAACGAUCAUCCGGCGGAGAAUCGAACACACGGACUCUCGCCGACACACGGAGCCGAACCGGAGCCGCCGCCCAAGCGAAAGAACCCGUCAGUGGGUCCAACAGCUGGAAACAUCUGGAGGUUCUGUGACAUGAGGAGCCAGCUGCGGACCUGAGGGAGGACAGCCACUGACAUGGCCCACGUAGGCAACGGAGCGAGCGGAGAGGAGGAGGACUGUUUUGAAGAUGCCUAUGACCGGAUACCUGCGGCGUGUCACAUGGACCUGCAGACAGCCAUCCAGGAGACUCAGUGUGCUCUCAACCUGGUCCUCAACAACAAGUUCUCUGAGGCCUUGGACCUCCUCAAACCAUGCUGUUACCAGAUAGAGUGUCAGAAUAUGCUGAAUAUCUCUCAGGGCCUUGCCGCCCAGUCUGAUUCGUUCAGACAGUUUGAGGGCGGAGUCAAGCUCGGCAUUGGGUCCUUCAACCUGAUGUUGUCUCUCCUUCCUCAGAGGAUUUUGAGGUUGCUGGAGAUUAUUGGAUUCUCAGGAAACAGGGACUUUGGUUUGUCUCAGUUGAGAGAGGGGGCCUCCGGUCACAGCCUGCGGGCGAUCCUCUCCGCUCUGACUCUGCUGUUCUACCACACAUAUGUUUCACUGAUACUUGGAACUGGGGAGGGGAACCUGGUGGAGGCUGAAGCUCUGUUGGAGCCAUACCAACACAAAUACCCCAAAGGCUCCAUCAUCCUCUUCUACUCUGCGCGCAUCGCCACACUGCACGGAAACUUCGAGAAGGCCCGGGCCAGGUACGAGGAUUGUAUCAGCAGCCAGCAGGAGUGGAAGCAGAUCCACCAUCUUUGUUACUGGGAGCUGAUGUGGACUCACACGUACCAGCAGGAGUGGGAGCAGGCGUACCGCUACUCCGACCUGCUGUGCAAGGAGAGCCGCUGGUCCAAGGCCAUCUAUGUGUACCAGAAGGCCGCCAUCCUCAGUAUGAUGUCAGAGGAGGAGGUGAAGAAGACGGGGGAGGACAUUGUGGAGCUCUUCAGGCAGGUAGAGGGGCUGAAACAGCGCCUGGCAGGGAAAUCGAUCCCAACUGAGAAAUUUGCCGUGAGGAAGUCAAGACGCUACAAAGCUGCUCACCUCAUACCUCUGGUCAUCCCUGCUCUGCUCUUCAUCAGGACGAACUACAAGGACUACUCCAUGGAGUCCAGACUGCACUUUAGGAUCCACGCGGCCCUCAGCAGCCUCAAAGGAUCCCCCGUCUGCACCCCAUAAUACUCCUGACCGCUGAGUCCUGCAGGAAACAUCCAGGGACUCUCCGCAGUAAUGAAGCAGCGAAGGUGUGUCGAGGUUUUCACAUGACCACAGGUUUUUUUUUUUAUUGCUUAUGAAAUGUUAUUUGUUUACUUAUUUAUUUUUUUGGAAAAAUGAGAUUAUUUAAGUUUGUACCUCCUCAAACAGGCUCCGACGUCCCUUUAGUAUCUCACAGAGGUUUUUAUUGGUGGUGCAGAUUCAUGGUACUGUUGCCAGGAAACAAAUCAUGGCCUUAAACUGAAGUGACGACUCACCUGAAGAUCUUUGUUCGUCUGUCGAGUCGUAAACACUGAUGGAUUCAAAGUUGAGUGUUUUCACGUUAAAUCAACGCAUUUUAAGUUUUUCUACCUUAAAGCAGCAGCUUGAUUAAAAUGAGUUUGAUGUUUGAGCGAGUGUGAACAUGGAGAAUGUUUCCUCACCCUGAGCGUCUGUUCUCUGUAACUCUGGUGAGCGGCUUCGAUCUCCUGAGAGAACUGACGGAGAGUCACAGCUUCAACUGUCACAAUCAGCUCCAGAACAGUUGGAGAGUGAAGCUGAACUGUAGAUCAGUUAAAAACACUUUGAAGUUAUUAAAAACCAGAGUUUAUCUCUAAUAUUCAGCAGGAAACUUUUAAAAUAUGAAGAAUUCUAAACAGAGUUUGGUGGAUUCGUUACCGCCGCAGCUCUUCCGGUUCAGUAAGCUGAGGAUCAUGGGUAAUAUCCGGCGUUCAUUUGUGUUCCAGAGCUACAUUCAACACAUUGAUAGACUUAACAGAAUUUAUCCCCACGUGUGAAUGCAGGGGGCGCUGUUGACCUAUACAAGUUAUGUGUUGAUUGUGUUGUGUUGAUUCAACAGCAGGGGGCAGGAGCACAAACGCUUUAUUUCUAUUUUUUACUUUGCUUCUCAAAUGAUGCCACAUCUGCACAUGAUACACAAAUGAGUGUGACUGUGCAUAAGCUAUCACAGCCUUCUCACCAACCGUGGCUUAUCCACACACACACACACACACACACACACACACAAACACAAAUGGCUGUAAACGCACACAUUUAGCAGCAAUAUAAAAGAUCCUGUGCUGUUACUGAGUCAAAUAAAGCUUCUCUCAUUUUGUCAGUGUGUGUCAGGCUGUAGUGUGAGUUUCAUCAGAAGCAGAGCAGCUUAUAAGGAAGUUACUCUCUCGCUUCAAAAGGUUUUGGUUGGUGGAAAUGAAAUGUGUCACUGUGGCUUUUUGUUGACUUAAGGAAAAUAUUUUAUUCACUUGACUCAGUUCUGCCUUUGACAAAUGUUUGCUCGACUAAAACUACACUCGAUCCACAUUCACUCAAGCUUCUGUUGACAAAGUUGUCGUCAUGCGUCGAGCUGCUAACGUUCUCACUGUUGUGGACGUAUGGAGUCUGAUAAUAAACCAACUAGCCAAGGAAGACAAGGCCUAUUUCUAUUAUAUCAUAUAUAUAUAUAUAUAUGUUAAACAAUGUCAGUUUAUUUGUGUACUGAUGAAUACAAGAAGCACAAUCUAUGAUAUCAAUCCCCAUUAUUCUGCUAAUGUUUGUAGGCUAGUUUGAUACUAUUCACCAUGAUGUAUAUGUAAUGUAAUAAUAUGUAAUAUUAACACAACGUAGAUGGAUUGAGAAGAUGCAGUGGGUUUGUAUUUGGACAGUUUUCAUGUCAAUCUGCUGUUUGAACCACGAGGACGUUCGUUUGAGCGGGUGUAGAGUACUGACGGUUCUGAUGCUGCUCGUAAUACUAUAAUGAUGUUACCACGGCAACCGAAUGAAGCUCCUUAUUCAUGUUUCAAUCAGUGUCAAGUACAGGUAGACGCAGCCCGCAUAGGUGAUGACGACAGGACGUACGUAUGUCAGACACAGUUGUUUCUCCAUAAAUUUCAAUGUGAAACCAAAAGUAACCAGAUCAAAUAAAACAAAGGAACAAACACAUGAAGCUUGGUUCGGACAUUCCGAUCAGAAAACCCGAGCAGAAACAAUUAGCCUUCUCCCUAUAAUGAAUGUAUCAACCUGAAGACCAAAUCAUUUGUGUGUCUUGUUGCCUUUUGUUUGUAUUUUGUGCCUUUUUGUGUGUUUUGAGUGUAAUUUUUUUUUUUUUCACGUGCUCUGAAACUUAACUUCCAAACAGUAAAAUUCACCAAAUGCAGUAAAUAUUCUGGAGCUUGUUAGGGAUAGAGUCACACGAAGUUCUUGAAGGAGUUGUGGCAAUGAGUACUACGAUGUCCAAUCCACUCCUAAUGCUAGGAAACUACCGGCAGAGUUGUUCGGUAACGUUACUCGCCCUAGUUCAUCGCUCAUUAUCACCUAUCAACUAACUUUCAGUCUAAACCAACAGAAUCUUUUAGUAACACUUGACUGCAGUUUGAAGGUUAUAUCUACAAUUAUCCCAAACUCUUCUGUUCAUCGGAUUAAAAAAUAAAUCUCCUCUCCUCUUGCGCUCAGAAUUCAGCGAUUUUGGUUUAAGGCUAAUGUUUUAAGUGUGACGCUUGAAAUCAGCAUCGUAAUGUGUCGCGUGCUGCCUCAAUUCAGAGUUCUUCAGGGAUGACGCACCGGGGAUGUAUGUUUCACACACGUUAGCUUUGAGUAAACUAAACAUCAAUGACCAAAAUCUUGUCCUUUAAAAAAAUUCACUUUUCAUUGUUGCAACUUGUUUUUCAUUGACGGCUUGUGUGUCAUCUGUGCUCAUGUCAGUGCCUCUGUGUAUCUGUAUUUAAACUAUUGUUCUAAAAAGGCUUUUCUAUAUUCUCUUUGCAUGUUACUCUUAAAUAUAUUUAAUGUUUUUUUUUCUAAGAUGAUAAUUUACUGUAUAUUGUGUGUUUCCCAGAAGGGAAUUAUAUGUCCAGAUAUUACAGGCUUUGGAGAUGAUGAUCCACAAGGUGCAAUAAAAUGAA